AUUAUCUGUCAAACAACAGCUGUCAGCGUACACCUGCUAGAAAAAGGAAAACAAUCCCGAGCGAAAGUGCAACACAUAUUCCGGAAUGUCCACCCUAACUCGCCCAAAAUCUCCCCGAACGCCCACUUCCGGGCGUGCCGAUAAGGAGGAAAGCAUCUGGGACAAAAUCGGAACACUGGGCCGAAAGAAACGCAUAAAGGAAGUGCAAGAAAUCCAGGAGGAAGGCAAGAUUGCGAUCGACUCGCCCGGCAGCCCGAAUGCACCGGUGAUCCCCCCGGAGGACUACAAUCUGGAAGAUAAUGAAUCUCGCUCGAUUAUUCAGCCUGCAUCGCUGCAGAUGCCCAAGGUGAAGGAACUGCUGCAGGUGCUGAUCGACUGGAUCAACGAUGAGCUGGUCGAGGAGCGUAUCAUCGUCACCGACAUCGAGGAAGACCUGUACGAUGGGCAGGUACUGCAGAAGCUGUGGGAAAAGCUGUCCAACAACAAGUUGAACGUGCCGGAAGUGACACAAUCCGCCGAAGGCCAGCGCCAGAAGCUAUCCGUCGUACUGAAUGCCGUAAACCAUACUCUUGGCUAUCACCACAACACCCCGAAAUGGACGGUGGAAAGCAUACACACGAAAAACAUCGUCUCAAUUUUGCAUCUGCUAGUCGCACUGGUGCGCCACUAUCGCGCACCGAUCCGUCUACCGGACAACGUCUUCGUGACGGUCGUGAUGGUUCAGAAGCUGAACGGAAAGCUCACCAGCCAACGGUUCCAGGAGCAAAUUACCCAAUCGUACGAUGACGUCGGUAUGCGCUGCGAACCGGACGCAUUCGAUACGCUGUUCGAUCAUGCCCCGGACAAGCUGAAGGUUGUGCAGCGAUCGCUGAUCUCGUUCGUCAACAAGCACCUGAACAAACUGAACUUCGAAGCGGCCGAUUUGAACACCGACUUCAAGGAUGGUGUGUUUCUGUGUCUGCUAAUGGGACUGUUGGGAGGAUUUUUCGUCCCACUGCACGAUUUCCAUCUAACGCCGAAGGAUGCGGACCAGAUGACGCACAAUGUGGCGUUCGCGUUCGAGCUGAUGAUGGAUCAGGGCUUGAGACCGAAGGCACGGCCCGAGGAUAUUGUUAACAUGGAUCUAAAGUCCACGCUACGGGUGCUGUACACGCUGUUCACGAAGUACCGAAACAAUCCUUGAACGGGUCAUGAGGUCACGAGAGAGCAGCGAACCGCUCCCGCCCCAGAUUAGACAGCUAACCAAUGUGCCUUCCGUCGUUUUUUAUAUUGUAUUUAAUGCGUAUUGAGAGAGAGAGUAUUAACAUAGGACAACUAAUUAUAUUUAUACCCCACACCCAAUAGACGGCGGGUGCCUUGAACUGUGUUUCACCGUUUUACAACUUAACUAGUGAUUAAACCUGAUAACAGUCGUUGUUGUGCUAACGUUUGUGCGAUCAAAAUAAAACGUUGCGAAACUAACCAAACCUCAA